AUGCGUCUAGCUCGCGUUGAAGGAGGGACGGCUGGUUUAAAAAAGCUGAUCUCUCAAACAAUGGCUGAAGUUAGUCCUGAUGACAUUGUGGACCAAGCUUUAUACUGCGGAAGACAGCUCUUGGGAGCCAUCGCGCCGUCAUGGAUCGAACCCCCGCCAACUGGAACGACGGAUGAGGAUGAAAUCGCGGAAUGGGUGACCCGAGUCAACCAUGAAGCGGUGAAAAUGCGCGAAGGGGCUCUGAACUUUCUGGGUCAAAUUGAAGGGAUGAAAUCCUGGUCUGUCGAAGAGACCAUUACGUACCUGAAGAAUUGGUCGGACAAGGCCAAACUGACCAACGUGUUCGCGCUGGACCACCAAGGCGAGGCACCGAUAAUAACGGUGCAAAAUAACGGCGAACUGAGGGCGUUGGGAGUUAGAUGGAACCAGGAAACAAACAACUACCUGGUGGAACGCGUUCGCAGACCGAAUUGGUGCUACAAUUGGCGAGUAAUCACGGAGGGCCGAGACCUUGGCGAAACAAGCGGAGGAUUCCGCCCGCCGAACGCGUACAAACGACCGGCCCCAUCGCGACCUGGAUACGGAAAACGCGGCCGAGGAGGACCGCGCCGCUAA